CCAAAGCUCACUCAGAAGAGGGAAAAAAAAGUGUAGAGAGAGAAGGAAUUCAUUCUUCUCCAAUUCCGUCAAAGAAAAAAUCCAGUGUUGUGGGUGUUUGUGAAGUGGGUACUGUGUUGUUUUGAUUCAAACUGGGCCUACCUACAAUCCGCAAAAGUCACUGUUUGGAUCACUUUUAUCUUACGCUUUGAAAGUGUUUCCUGAAGAAUCUGCAGCUGAAUUAUUCAUUAUUUUGUGAUUCGGCUGAAGAAGUUCGACGGAAGAGAGGAAGAUAGUGAAGGUGAUUUAUAAGGAUUUUGCUGCAACGAAGUGAAGUGAACGUAAAAUUUCGUGGAUUGUUGAUAAUUGUUCGAUUCAAAUGUGCCUCCAAUCGUGAAAUUGGAGGCGGAUCUGAACCGCAGUCGAAAAGAUAGAAGAAUUUUGCGAAAUUCAUUUGACUCUGCUGCAGAUAUUUCAUCAAUUUAUUGCAAUUUUAUCAUAAAUUCAUAAUUGAACUUCAAUAUAUAUGGAACUGCCUCAGCCCAGGCCUUUAGGAACCGAAGAUAGGAAGGCAACACAUGAUUUUCUAUCACUGUAUUCACCUGUCCAGCAAGAUCCACGACCUCCGCAAGAUGGCUACCUAAAAACACAUGACUUCUUACAACCAUUGGAGCGUGUUGGGAAGAAUUCUACCAAAGAAGAAAGCAAGAUUGAAAUUACUGCACCAGGUCCUCCUACCUCGGUGGAGCAUGUUCUUCCUGGUGGUAUUGGGACAUAUAGCAUUUCUUAUUUAAAUCAAAGAAUUUUAAAGCCAGAAGGGAGCAUAUUCAUGGCGCAGGAAAGUAGUACCACAAGAAGUGAUGAAAAUCAAAACUCCGCUUCUUACACGGGUAGUGGUUUCACGCUGUGGGACGAAUCUGCUGUAAAAAUGGGACAGACAGGGAAGGAGAAUAUUGCUACACAGAGACAUAUCCUGAGAGAAUCAGGUAUGAAUGGAGUGGGAGGGCAAUGGAUGACAGUGUUCGAACCUCCAUCACAGUCAUCUUCCAACUGGAAUCACAAUUCCAAAACCUUCAGCUCUUUCUUGUCCUCUCAGCCAUCAUCAUCUCAGAAGAAACAGAGUUUCAUGAAUAUGAUGACAUCAGCAACUAAUGACCAAGAAGAGGAUGAUGACGAUGAUGACGAUGAAGAGUUUGUCGUUAAGAAAGAGUCUACACCUCACCCAAAAGGUAAUUUGACUGUAAAAGCUGAAGGAAAGCCAGUGGAUCAAAAGCCUAACACACCACGUUCAAAACACUCAGCAACAGAGCAACGUAGAAGAAGCAAGAUUAAUGAUAGAUUCCAGAGGCUGAGGGAGAUUAUUCCUAACAGUGACCAAAAGAGAGACAAGGCAUCAUUCUUACUAGAGGUCAUUGAGCACAUUCAGUUUUUACAAGAGAAAGUACACAAAUAUGAGAGUUCAUACAAUGUCUGGAACCAUGAACCGUCAAAGUUCAUGCAAUGGAGUAAGUCAAAUAUAGCUGAAGGUUUCAUAGAUCACUCACAAGGCAUGAACUCGGGGUCUAAUUCAGCAUCAGUUUUGCCUGCAAAGUUUGAUGAGAACAAGACUUCCGUCUCUCCCACCGUCCCAAUCAAUGGACAAAAUCUAGUAGAACUGGAAACAAAAACUGCCACAACUUCCAGAGAAAGGGAGCCUGCGUUAAGAACUAAGACAGGGCCAGUUCCUCCAACAAUGCAGCACAACAUUUUCUCUUUUGGUAGGACCAGCAUUGCAGCAUCCCCUGUUUCACCUACACCAGCAUACGAUGCAGAUAAAACUGCAUCAUUGCCUCAAUCUCAGUUUUGGCAGAACAGAUCUUGUGUGAACGAAUGCACUGUUGCUGAUGUUAGGAUGAAAAACCAGGAACUGACUAUUGAAAGUGGUACAAUCAGCAUCUCGAGCGUAUAUUCUCAAAGGUUGUUGAAUACUCUCACACAAGCACUAAAUAAUUCCGGGGUAGAUCUAUCACAGGCCAACAUCUCAGUACAGAUUGAUCUUGGGAAAAGAGCAUCACUUUCUUCAGCAUCCACUCUCAAGGAUGAUGAUGAGAUUCCGACUGGAAACAAAGCCUUGCCACGUUCUAGAGCUGCAACUACAGAGGAGUCUGAACAAGCCCUAAAGAGACUCAAAACUAGCUGAAAUUUGAUGCUACUUUAACAGUAUAGUGAUAUUAUUCUUUUGUAGUAUUAAUUAAUUUUUUUGGGUUCCCGUUUUCCUUUCUAAGGUUCAUCAGUGUCCAUGUUGACACGGAAACCUGCCUAACAGAAAUCUGGAACCCUGUACAUCUCUUUUUUUGUUCCACAGUUAUGGGAUGCUCACAUUUCCCAGACAGUUAUGUCAUCUAUUCAACGAAUACAGGCUAUCCAUUCCGAUGUUGAGAAGCCAUACUUCUCAUUUUAAGGUUCUCAAUUCAUAUGAAAUUUCUAUGA